AUGGUACAUUCUUACAACAAUACCCAUCACAGAAGUAUAAAUACCAAACCCUCACAUGUUACCUACGCAAACCAGAAAAAGGUCAGAGACAUAUUGUACGGUGAUCUAAACACAGAGAAAAAGGGGUUGAAGAAGAGGAAGAUUUAUAAACUCGGUGACAGAGUCAGAAUCAGUAAAACCAAACACGUUUUCAAGAAAGGUUACCUACCCAAUUGGACCGAAGAGGUAUUCACGAUUGUUGGACGUCUCAACACACAACCACCUGUUUACAAAAUUUCAGAUUACAACGGCGAAAUGUUGGAAGGUACUUUCUACGAAGAAGAACUUCAGAAAAUAGUAAAAGACGACGAUGCAUUGUACAUUGUGGAGAAAGUGCUGCGCAAGAGAAAACGUAAAGGUCACAUGGAAUAUUUCGUUAAGUGGCGUGGGUGUGAUGAUUCGUUUAAUUCUUGGAUCAGGGACUUGCAACGUUUAUAA